CCGGGAACCACCGUGUCCCCUCACAACGCCCCCGCACAACAACCGUCUAGCCCGAUCGCCGCCGCCCGGCAGCCAAUCAGCGCUGAGCUCCCGCCCCGCCCGCCAGACGGGCGGCGUGGCUGGCCAAUGAGAAACGGCGAUGGCGCAGAAAGAGAACGCGGACCCCGGCGUGCCCAGCCUGCCCGAGGUUCGCCGCGAGGAGCCGCUCCCGCCGGAGCGCCGGCCAGGAGCUGCGCCCCUGCAGCCCAUUGCCCUGCAGGCCUCUCCCCCGCCACAACGGACCUUCACGCUGGAUGACUUUGAGAUUGGGCGGCCGCUGGGGAAGGGCAAGUUCGGGAGCGUCUACCUGGCACGGGAGCAGAGCACGAAAUUCCUGGUGGCGCUGAAGAUCCUCUUCAAGUCCCAGGUGGAGAAGGAAGGGGUGGAGCACCAGCUGCGGCGGGAGAUCGAGAUCAUGGCCCACCUACAGUCAGGAAGCACAAGCACGGCGGUGUCAGGGGGAGGCGGGCACCCCAACAUCCUGCGCCUCUACAACUACUUCCACGAUGAGCGGCGGGUGUUCCUCAUCCUGGAGUACGCGCCCGGGGGCGAGCUCUACAAGGAGCUGCAGCGCCAAGGCCGCUUCGAUGCCACCCGCAUCGCCACGCUGAUGGAGGAGGCGGCAGACGCGCUGCUGUACUGCCACGGGAAGAAGGUGAUCCACCGGGACAUCAAACCUGAGAACCUGCUGCUGGGGCUGAUGGGGGAGCUGAAGAUCGCGGACUUCGGGUGGUCUGUGCACGCCCCCUCCCUCCAAGCUGCCUUUAUGUACCUCUGGAGAGGCGGUGGGUGCGUGUACACAUGGGGGUGUCUCCUCAUGGGGUGCCCCCCAGGCGGAGGACACUGUGUGGGACGCUGGAUUACCUUCCCCCCGAGAUGGUGGAGGGGCGUGAGCACGACGAGAAGGUGGAUCUGUGGUGCCUGGGGGUGCUCUGCUAUGAGCUGCUGGUUGGGCACCCCCCCUUCGAGAGCCCCUCCCACAACGAGACCUACCACCGCAUCACCAAGGUGGGGACUGCGCCCUAGGGACCCCCACCCACCCGGGGAGCACCUCCGGGGACCCACAAGGACCCCAGAGCAACCCCCAGCCUCACGUGCUGUGCUCUCACAGGGGGGACCCUGCCACAGAGACCCCAUGUUUAGGGAGCUCACACCCCCCGGAAUCCCCUGCCAUGGGGACCCUGCCCCACAUGCUGCUGGGGAACCCAAGGGCUGGGCAGGACCCCAGGAUAUGGGCCCCACAUACACAGCACCUGCCCCACACCCUCCAUUCUCGCUGUGGGGCGAGACCCGCGGCUGGGGGGCCAGGGACACCGGUGCUGGGUGGGGGUGUCCUUGAGCCCCGUCCACUCCCGGGGUCCCUGAGUCCC